AUGUCAGAAGAAACGAUUAACGCAUUAAAUACAACGAUUUCAACAGAAAACGAAGCCGAUCUACAGUUAAGCAAUUCUGAAGCCGAAGAUUCAAAUUUAGAUCCAAGCAAAGAAUUCGAUAAACAUGAUUCCCAGCAUGGUACCAUGGCAGUUAUUCUUUUAGCUGCUUUAUUUGGGUUUCAGUUGUUGAUACUUUAUUGGAAGUCAAAACAUUAUCGGUCUUUUCAAGCAGUCACUUUGUUUGGAUUAUGGUUAAUACCGAUGUAUCUGUUUGGACUUCAAGCACAUUUUUGGAGAUUUUUGUCAAUUUGGGUCUUAUAUUCAAUUGCUAAUUCAUGGGUUUUGAGUAGGGAUUUUGUAGAAAUUUGUACGGAUAGAAUGGCAUCGACACUUGGAUAUUAUAAUAAGGAUGGGUUUCCAAGAAAACAUUUAAGAGCAAAUAUAUGUGCAAUAUGUGGUGUUGCCGCUACUGGGACUAACAAUAAUACAAAUAAUAAUGAAAAUGGCGAUCAAGACCACAAGGUAUUUCAGUUGGCCUGUAGACAUGUUUUUCACGAUGAUUGUAUACGUGGUUGGUGUUUAAUAGGAAAAAAGGAUAUUUGCCCUUACUGUAAGGAAAAGGUUGAUUUAAAGGAGUUCAAAACAAAUCCAUGGGACACUCAGCAGCAACUUUAUCUAAGUUUACUUGAUGGUGUAAGAUAUUUAGUUGUUUGGCAACCUGUAAUUUUUGCAUUUGUACAAUUAGCUUAUCAUAUAUUUGGUUUAGAAUAG